AGGAGCGUGUGUUACAUCGUCCUGCCACUAGAUGUCACUGCCCCCUCUCAGUACCGACAUGCGGCUGCAUGCAGCAGCGGCAGCCGCCCGGUCACGGGGACUCCUGACAGGGACUCCUGCCGCUCCCCCCUCUGUAUAUUUCCGCCUAUCCGGUGUUUCCAGGAUUCAUUCAUCUCUGCCGGAGCUGCGGCUCGGUCUGCUCUGACAGCGUCCUACCAUCUGUCCACUCGUCUGUCCACCAAUCUGUCUCCAUCCCUCCUAAUCCUGCUGCGCGUCGUGUUCGGAUCUCCAUCUCAGAAGGUCCAACAUCCCUUUCAUCCACGGAGCCAACUUUUCCUCUCCGUUCCUCCCCUCCUGCGACAGUACACAUUUUAUCCCCUCCAGAUCCGCGGGGAUUAUUUCUCCAGUCCGCAAAAGGCCACGAUCCAUUUAACAUGCCGCCGAACUGCGCCGCAGUUCCCUCCAACUGAGCCGAUGCCUGUAGCUGGACCACAUCAGAAACCCGUUGUGCAUUCACACAUCCCCAAACGAACCAAACUUUCCAGGCUUAGCGUUCAGCUGCCGGAUCAGAGGAUGGUUGGCUGAAGUCUGAGCUCACCGAUCGGCUGGCUGAGCGUUGCUGGUCGCAGCUGCUGUCAUGGCCAAAAGCCCCGAGGUGAAGCUGGCUGUGUUCGGCAAGGCGGGGGUGGGAAAAUCAGCGUUGGUGGUGAGGUUCCUGACCAGACGCUUUAUCUGGGAGUACGAUCCAACACUGGAAUCUACGUAUCGUCACCAAGCCAACAUUGACGAUGAGGUUGUCACCAUGGAGAUCCUGGACACUGCAGGCCAGGAGGACAUCCAGCAGAAGGAAGGUCACAUGCGCUGGGGCGACGGAUUCAUCAUCGUCUAUGACAUCACAGAUCGGGGAAGCUUCGAGGAGGUAGCCCCUCUCCGAACUCUCCUGGAGGAGGUGAAGAAACCAAAGAACGUGCCUCUAGUGCUGGUAGGGAACAAGUCUGACCUGGACCACGUCCGCCAGGUCCCCACAGAGGAAGGCGAGCGGCUGGCGGCUGAAAUGGCCUGUGCCUUCUACGAGUGUUCGGCCUGCGCCGACGAGGGCGGCGCCGUGGCCGAGGCGUUCCACGAGCUGUGCAGGGAGGUGAGACGCCGCAAAGCCGUCCAGGGCAAGGCCCGUCGCCGCAGCUCCACCACGCACGUCAAGCAAGCCAUCAACAAGAUGCUGACCAAGAUAAGCAGCUAGGGACGAGUCCUGCUGGUGCCCAGUGAUAAAUGGAAAUGUUCUAUUUUUCUCAAGGAAAUAAUUGAGACAAUUUCUGACUGCGAAAUGAUUGACAUGUGGCUAACUUAUAGUGGAAUCUCCAUGUUCUAUGACUGAUUGACAUUGAAGAAGUCAGCAGGGCUAUGAGUUUUCUCUUUGGAGGAGCCAGAAGACGUCAGUCUGCUGAGUUCUUGAUGUUCCCUUAUUCAAACCUUUAAGCUAAUUCAGUGUUACAUGGUAGCUUAAUGUGGCAUAUCAGUUAUAUGUUGAGGCUCAGAUAUUUCUGGCGUGAGCAGAGGUGUGUUUUGUUUUACACAAAAAUGUAAAACAAUUUCUUAGUCCAGAACGGCCCGUUAUUCCUAUUUCAAAAAGGCGUUACCUUAAUAAGAUUGAGAAGUGACGCUGUUUUAGUUUAGUCGGUUGUCCACGUCGACUGAAUUUGUAGUUGUUGGAACAGAGAGAAACGUACCACCUGACCAGCAGUGCGCAGCAUCAGUUGGGGGAAUGCCAGUCCUGUGUUACUCUGUUUUCCAUCCAGCCAAAAAACCCCCCAAAAAAACCAACUCCGGAACUUCUCUGGAGUCUUUGAUCUAAAAGAACGGCUUAAUGGAAAACUUUAGUGGUUUUAAAACCUGAUAGUGGUAAUGGACACAUGCCUAGUCGAGUCUUUUGGCUUUUUAUUGGUCAUAAUUCCCUCUAUAAUUCCCUUUAAAUUAUUUUGUAAGCCGAGGGAUUUAUGAAACUGUUGUAGGCGGGGUAUCCAGCGUGACAUGCACGGAAUCUAAGAGUUCAUGAUUAAAAGUUGCUUUAUUGCAGCCGGUCUCAGUGGGAUAAAUGUGAUCUGCUUCAACAAACAUGAGAACUCUUCUGGCAACAGUGGUAAAAAAAAAAAAAAAAACCCAACAACUUCAAGUUCAGAGGAGCGUUGCUUGAUGUGGAUGGAUCCCAGUGUUCUUCACCCAUGUCUUUCCCAGACGAAGAGGUAGAACAUUUCUGCCUCCAUCCUGGAAAGCUGCUCUGUAGUAAAUAGGUCUAAGUUGGAUUAAGAUCUCCGGCUCUGCGGCGGACUCUCAGGCCCUCUGUGUUUGUCUGGGACGCACCAAAGCAAAGGUCCAGAUCAUGUCAGAGCUCAUGACUGUAGGUCCCUGCUGCGUUCUGUAAAUAUACAAAGGGAAGCGACGGCACAUUCUGAGGAUUUCCUUCUGUUUAUUUAAACAGCAGCAUCUAUUAAAUGCAAUGUUUGUGCUUGUUGUCUGAUCUAAACCAA